CACAGUCAGGCGAAGGAAGCUGCGCGUACCGUCAAUACUUACAUUACCACGGUGGGGAGCGGCGUGAGCAUAGCGCACUACAGUGACUUCACUCCCACACAUCAUGAACACUCCUCACUUGUGGCUGCUAGUAAUAGCUGCCACUUGCGCCAAGGGCAUGGUGAGAAGUAUUGACAGACCGUGGGAGGAAAGUUUCCGUCUACCAGAAACUGUUAUUCCUGAACACUAUGAGCUGUACAUGCACCCAGAUCUCUCUGUCAAGACAUUCUCUGGCAGGGUCACCAUCAGCCUCACCUCCCAGGAGCCACGUGACCACUUCUUGGUGCACUCCCAGUGGCUCACCAUUACUAACACUUCUCUGGUCAGCAAAAAGGGAAGCCAGUCGCAGGAUGUACACAUCAUUGAAGCCUUCAGCUACGAGCCUCACCAGUUUUGGGUGGUGCGGAUGGACCAGGUAGAAGCUGGUUCAUUUGAACUCACUCUUCACUUCUCUGGUUCCCUUGUCAACGGCAUUCUUGGUUAUUAUUACUCAGACUAUACUGAUGGUAAUGGAAAAUUAAGGGGUAUGGCAACAACAAAGUUCCAGCCAACGUAUGCACGGCGAGCCUUCCCCUGUCUUGAUGAACCAGGGUUCAAAUCCACCUACAGCUUAACACUAGUGAGACCCUCACAAGAAUACCGUGCCCUUUCAAACAUGCCUGUUAAGAAAGAGACCCAGGACUCUCCUUCAUCUGGCUUGACAGAGGUGGCCUUUGAAAAGUCUGUACCCAUGGUCACUUACUUGGUGUGCUUCAUUGUGUGUGACUUCACUUUUAAAGAGGUCAUCUUGGAGAGUGGGAUGCCUUUCCGAGUGUAUGCCCGAGAGAACCACCUCAGUGACACAAACUAUGCUCUUGAGGUGGGGAAGAGUGUGCUACAGAUGUAUGAAGGCAUGUUCGACUUGCCCUUCCCACUUCCUAAAAGUGACAUGGUUGGCAUCCCAGACUACUCCUCAGGUGCCACGGAGCACUGGGGCAUCAUCACCUUUAGGGAGACUGCCAUUUACUACAAUGACAAAGAUAGUUCUGCAGCCAACAAACAGAGAGUGGCUUCAGUUAUUUCUCAUGAGAUGGCUCAUCAGUGGUUUGGCAAUUUAGUUACCCUGAAGUGGUGGGAUGACUUGUGGCUCAAUGAAGGCUUUGCCAGCUAUGUGGAGUACAAAGGUGUGGCCCAUGUAGAACCCAACUGGGAAAUGGAGUUUCAGUUCUGUACGAGGACACUGCUGCCAGUACUUGGAGAUGACGCUCUCGUCAGCUCCCACCCCAUCAUCCAGACGGUGGAGACACCUGACCAGAUAAAUUCAAUCUUUGACAAAAUUGCCUACAAUAAGGGUGCUUCAGUACUCCGGAUGUUGGAAGACUUCAUGGGGGAGUCUUUCCAGAUAGGAAUCAAUGCCUUCCUCAAAAAGUUCAUGUAUGCUAAUGCUGUAACUCAAGACUUGUGGAAUGAACUCACCAGAGCCUGGGCUGGUCACGUGCCUGUUGGAGCAAAGAGUGAUGUAGGUGCCAUCAUGAACACCUGGACCCAGCAGAUGGGCUUUCCUGUAGUCACUGUGAAGCGAGCAGCGCCAGACACUUUAGCCUUUUCUCAGCAGCGAUUCUUACUGGAUCCCAAUGCACAGUACAAUCCUGAUGAUUCACCAUUCCGAUACAAGUGGGAUGUGCCUGUGAGCUACAUCACUUCAGCUAAUUCCACAAUUCAGCGAUCAUGGUUCAACCAUGAGGACUCCACAUUGGAGGUGAAGGUACCUGCCGAGGUAACUUGGGUCAAAGUCAACGUGCACUACAAAGGCUUCUACCGAGUCAACUAUGAAGUAGACAUGUGGAAUGAAUUGGGGAAGCUGUGUGCAUCUCAGGCAUUGAGUACUGCUGACCGAGCUGGUCUUUACAGUGAUGUCUUUGCCCUGGCUGAUGCUGGACUCCUCAGCUACACAGUGCCAUUGGACUUGAGUCGUAACUUAGCAAGUGAAAGUGAUUAUGUUCCUUGGGAUGCGAUGACAGCAACCUUUGUAGGCAUUCAGAGACUUCUUGCCUCCUCUGAUGCCUACCAGUCUUUCAAGGAUUAUGUUUCCAGCUUGGUGGAGCCUCUAUACUGUUCACUGGGCUGGGAUGGUGAAGGAGACCACUUGAGGAGAUUGCUGAGGACAGAUGUAGUGACGCUUGCUUGUAUCAGCGGAAGUGAUACAUGCCUGGAGGCAGCAGCACGAAAAAUAGAGAGCUGGAUACUGGAUUCCAAUUCUCCACUUCCUUUAGAUGCUCGCAGACAGUCCUACAGAUGGGGUGUGGUGAAGGAAGGAGGGCGUGAGAUGUGGGAAGUGAUGUGGCAGCGAGCACUGGCAGAGACAAGUGCCACAGAGACAGACAAUCUCUAUUUUGGCAUGGCUAACUUCCAGGACACCUCAGUCUUGCAGAGUUACAUUGAACUCUCCAUGAAGGAAGAAAAUGUGCGCAGCCAGAAUUUCUUGUCCAUUCUUGAGUACAUUUCAACAAAUCCAGUGGGCAACAGCUUGGUCUGGGACUGGGUGAGGUCUCACUGGGAGUGGCUGGUGGAGCGUUACACCAUCAACGACCGUUACCUGGGACAGCUAAUUCCCAAGAUAUGCCGCUACUUUGCCACAGGGCAGAAAUUAACUGAGAUGGAGGCAUUCUUCAGCCAGUAUCCUGAAGCUGGGGCUGGGGAGAGAUACAGACAGCAGGCCAUCGAGACAGUGAAGUACAAUAUCCGCUGGGUGAAUGACAAUGCUGCCACUAUCCUGGCCUGGCUUCAGGCACUUCCACCUAGUCCUGGGAAUCACUGAUUAAGAAUACUCUUAGUUGAAGUAAGAAGUAAAUAAUGAGGGAAAAUUUCAACAUUAGUGAUUUUAUGAUGGAAGAUUUUGUAUUCUACUAUUAUAUUUCAUCCUGUAUGUUAUCAACAGUUGUGAUAUAUAUUUAUAAAACAGUGUUUUAUUGAUUUAAUCAAAGAAAUUGGACUUGUGGUGUUUCUUAGUCUUUGUAUCACAUUUGGGAGAACAUAUGUAACAAGCCAGAGACUGUUGGCUUUAUCUCCUUGUUGAAGGAUAUGCUGACUUUGCAGAGAAUAAACAGGAGACAUGAA